GGAUAAAAUGAUAUUACAAAAUAUGGCAAAGCGGAAUCCAAGUACAGAUAACACGGUUCCCCACUUCAGUAACAAAUACUAAAAAUAAUCUUAUUGGUGUGUAAACACAGAUUAAUUAUCAUUGGUAUUUAUUUCCCGUCUCUUAUUUGGGUGGGACUCAAUUAUCUUGUAUUUGUAUUUAAUAUUUUUUCUUAUAGUCAAAUUAUUAAUUGUUAUUUACUAAUCAUUUUUCAAACACUACUACAGGGACUAUAUAGUCGUGGACUAAUUUUCCAUUAUUAAUAUUUAAUAUAAUUUUGAAAGACCAGCCUACUCGUUGCGUCGUUUUAUCUCUGGUCAGUAUUCGUCAAAGAAUAUUCGAAAAUAAUAUUCUAAUGAUAUUUUUUUCAAUUUUCGCUCAUGUUUUCUUGACACUUGUUUAGAAUAUAUAAUAUCAUAUUAAUAUUAUUAAUAUUUAUUCAUAGGUUUAUUAUAUUAUAUUAUUCAUUAACAAUAAUUAUUUGUACCUAGAUUUUAUUUUAACUCAAAAAAUUUAUUUCUUAAGGAUCAAUCGAAGAUGAAUUCAAAUAUGGGACAACCGCAGGCACCGAUUCAAAUGUGUAAGUAAAAUAAAAUAAAUAAACAAUUAUAUUCCUCUUGUUUUUUAAAUGUAUUAUUACCAAGCGAAUUGUGCCAUUAUUAUCCUGUGAGUUUUUUGAAUGGGUAGGUAACCUAACCUAACCUAACAUGUACAAAACCUAAAACGCGGCCAACAUUUUCAAAAAACGGUUUAUUUUUAUUGUGUUAAGAUAUUUUGUUUUUUAUGAGAAAAUAAGGAUGGGAAUUUCAACUUAUUCUAGUAAAUUGAAUCAAUGAAUCGACUCUGUGACUUUAUUUUUGUAUUUGUGUUAUCUGUCAGUGUUGCAUACAGAGGGAGGUUAGGGGGUUAAACACCCAUAAAUGUUUUCAUUCUCAAUUUUUUUUAAAAUCAUAUUUCACAUUCAACAGCAUAAUAUUUUUUACUGCAGGAUAAAAUAAUAUUUAAUUUCAUCAAAAAUCAUUUAUUCUGUUAUUCAGUUAUAACAGUGAUAGGUAGACCUGUACUGAUGAAUCCUGGAAAAAAAGUGUAAUUUCAUUUUAUUUAAAAAAAAAAAAAUAGUCAGACUAUAAAAUUAUUAAACCUAAAAAAAAUUAAUUUCUUAAUAAUCUAAAUAAUAAAUAAUAAAAUAAUAUAAUAAGUAAAGGAAUAUAGUUAAAAUUGAAUGAUAUAAGAAUGUAAUAUAAUUUAAAACUAAUAAUUUGUUAAUAUUUAUUUAUCAAAAUAUAAUAAUAUUUUGUUUAACUUAAUAACUCUGCACGCUAUUUAAAAUAUUCUUCAUUAAUAUACUUAAUAAUUAUUCUAUAUAUUAAAAUAAUUAAAUAUUUAGGUACUUUUUUUAUUUUAUAGUUGAUUUCUUUUAUCUUCACCAUUUUUAGGGCCGCCUCAGACUACUUCAACCAACCAACAAAUGGGUCCUAGUAGUACUCAUGCCAGAUGCCCUUUCUGUAAAGUUGACAUUUAUACAAGUACAUCUAGAAAAGCUACUUCUACUGCAUGGUGGAGCUGUAUUAUUUUGUUUUUUUGUGGGUGAGUGUAAAACAUUUUUGUUAAAUGUAACCAAUUAGGCCAAUAUAAAUUUAAAAUUUCUUAUUCUAUUUUAGCAGUAGUGGUAUUAAUAAAUAUGAAUUUUCAUCUACCUAUUUCAUUUAAGUUUGAAUAGACAAUGACUUAAUUAUAAUAUGUACAAUUAUAUUUUUCUAGGUGCGUUUUAGGAUGCUGUUUAAUUCCAUGUUGCAUGGAUUCUUGCAAUGUUGUCAACCAUAAAUGCCCCAAUUGUGGUACAUUUAUGGGACAAUAUAGACCAUGAUUCAGAAUUAUAAGAGGUUAUCAUUUUUAAAAAAAAUUUUAAUUUAGUGAUAUUGAAUAUUUUUAUACAUUUUCCUCAUAAUUGCGGUUAUUUUUUAUUUAAUUAAAAACCACUCAUUUUAAAUUAAUUAGAACUUUUAAGAAAGUAAUUAUUUUUAAUUAAGUUAUGAUUUAAAUUUAUUACUUAUAUUUAUCUUCAUUCUACAUUUGUUUGGUUAUUUUUUAAACAAAAUGGAUUCGCUUAAAUGUAUCAAUAUACUCUGUAACUAUUUUAUAGCCAUGGGUGUAAAAAUAGUAAAACAAAUUCUAAAUGAAAACAUAAUGACAAACGAUUUAUAAGUGACAACAAAUAUAUUGCAUGUAAUACAAUAAUUAAACACAAAAUAAUAGCGUAUGUCAUUCACUUUUUACCAAUUGUAAUUGUAUGAGUCUCACAUCUGGUUAUCAUCAUAUACAGGAUAUCCUAGUGUUAUCUAAAUAGUAAUAACUUAAAUAUUUGUUUUGAAAAAAAUUUUAAAUUGGGUAUUUACUCACAGAGAUAAGAUAAAAAUUACAAAUAUUUAUAUUUCAUUUAAUUAAAAAAAAAAAUGUUUAUAUCAUUAAUUAUAAUGUGUAAUUCUAUUGAAAAAUUUAUGAUUUCCCGC